UUUUAUUUUCUAAUUGGCGUCUCAUAGCAGCCUCUCCUCGUAGAAUUUAAGCAAUUGCAAUCCUGUUCUUCUUCCUUCUCUCAGCAAAUUCGAUCUGCCAUUCUCAGUUAUAAAAUAUAUUGCGAUGGCAGACGGUCAUGAGACUGAUAGAAACAUUGAGAUAUGGAAGAUUAAGAAGCUAAUCAAAGCACUUGAGGCUGCAAGAGGCAAUGGUACGAGCAUGAUUUCUCUUAUCAUGCCUCCGCGUGAUCAGAUUUCCCGGGUCGCUAAGAUGCUUGGGGAUGAAUUUGGAACUGCUUCCAACAUCAAGAGCAGGGUUAAUCGUCAAUCUGUUUUGGGUGCCAUUACUUCUGCCCAGCAAAGGUUGAAGCUCUACAACAAGGUUCCUCCAAAUGGGCUUGUGCUUUACACGGGAACGAUUGUUACAGAAGAUGGCAAGGAAAAGAAGGUCACUAUUGACUUUGAGCCUUUCAGGCCCAUUAAUGCAUCUCUUUACCUUUGUGACAACAAGUUUCAUACUGAAGCUCUAAAUGAACUUCUGGAAUCUGAUGACAAGUUUGGUUUUAUUGUCAUGGAUGGUAAUGGGACACUAUUUGGUACACUAAGUGGAAACACCCGCGAAGUCCUUCAUAAGUUUUCUGUUGACCUUCCAAAGAAGCAUGGAAGAGGAGGGCAGUCAGCACUUCGGUUCGCUCGGCUCCGUAUGGAAAAGCGCCACAACUAUGUUAGGAAGACUGCUGAGCUUGCUACACAGUUUUAUAUCAAUCCUUCCACUAGCCAGCCAAAUGUUUCAGGGUUGAUACUUGCUGGGUCAGCUGAUUUUAAAACUGAGCUUAGUCAGUCAGAUAUGUUUGAUCCCCGCCUUCAGGCAAAAAUCCUGAAUGUUGUGGAUGUUUCUUAUGGAGGGGAGAAUGGGUUUAAUCAGGCAAUUGAGUUGUCUGCUGAAAUCCUGUCUAAUGUGAAAUUUAUACAAGAGAAGCGCCUGAUAGGGAAAUAUUUUGAAGAAAUAAGCCAGGACACUGGGAAGUAUGUUUUCGGUGUUGAUGACACACUGAAAGCUUUGGAAAUGGGUGCUGUUGAGACACUUAUUGUUUGGGAAAAUCUGGAUAUUAAUAGGUACACCUUGAAAAACACCAUUAACAAUGAGAUUAUUAUAAAACAUUUGAAUAAAGAGCAAGAAACAAAUCAGAGCAACUUCCGUGACUCACACACCAAUGCUGAAUUAGAGGUUCAGGAGAAGAUGCCACUCCUUGAAUGGUUUGCUAAUGAAUACAAGCGUUUUGGUUGUACACUUGAGUUUGUUACCAACAAAUCGCAGGAGGGAUCUCAGUUCUGCAGAGGCUUUGGUGGGAUUGGGGGAAUCCUCCGCUACCAGCUUGAUAUGAGGACGUUUGAUGAUUUUUCUGAUGAUGGAGAAGUUUACAGUGAUUCUGAAUAGCAAUCAAUCAAACGUACUCCACUGCUGGUGCAGGGAGAUGGGGUGAAAAGCCUGCACCAGCACACACCGCAUUGCGCCUGAGGGGCAAUCGCAUGAUAUAUCUCUGCAAAGCAAGCUUAAUUCCGUUACGCCAUAUGGACUUUGCGAUGGAGCUGCUCUGUAUGAUCAAAUGGAAAGAAAUCAUGGAUACAGAAUGUCGGAAGGGCUACUGCUUAAGGAUGGAGGAGGCCUCUGCAGUCUGUAUGUUGCGCACUUGGUUAUUGCUGGAACAAACACCCCUUUAAAAUAUAUGAUAGAUAGUGUAUAUAUAUAUAUAUAUAUAUAUAUAUAUAUAUAUAUAUAUAUAUAUAUAUAUUUAUGUCAUUGGUAUGAAAGCCAUGGAUUGUUUGUGAUAAGUGCUAUGUCUCUGACAUACCCUCUCACGGUUUCGAUUUUUUUUUUUUUUUUGAGAAGUAAGGGUUUAUUAGACAAAAACAAAGCCCAUACUUAACGAAAGGCAAGGGAGAAACAGCUUAAGCUCAUUUUGUCAUGCUAUCUCUACAAAAACAAGAUAGGGGACAAGAUAGCGCGAAAACCAUGCAUGGAAACUAUUUUAUUUUUUAUAAUAUGUUUUAAUGGGCAAAUUUUGAGUGAGUUUUAGGCAGCAAGUGGUCUGCAUUGUUUACAAAAGUAUUAGUCAAAGAUUCUUUUUAUACCUGUCUUUGCUAAUUGCAACAGUGAUUUUUGUAAAACUUAUAUUUUUACCAUUUUACA